GUUCUCAAUAGAUUGCUGGACAGGCUAUGCAGCUGUCAGAUAUAUCCAUCAUAUCGCCCUCCAUUUUUCUUUAAGCUGUUAGGUCUCCAUCAGCUAUUGCUAUCGUUCAUAGUUUGCUUUUCAUGGAUCUCAAGUAUACCAUUAAAGAACAGGUCCUUCAAUUCCUUCCUGCUAAAUCACUGUUCAGAUGCCUGGCUGUUUGUCGAGACUGGAUGCACCUGAUUUUAACACCAUCCUUCCACCGUGAUCAAUCACUUCAUUGCCGUGGCAUAUCAGGCCUUUUUUGUCAGACUUCUGAAAAUCGUAUUGUCUUCAUACCAAUUAAUCCAAAAUCUUGUGGUGUACCAGAUCCAUCUUUGAGUUUUUUCCCAGAGCCUGUUGAAAUUAGGGCCUCAUCAAAUGGAGUGUUGUGUUGCCAAGGACGAAAUGGAAACUACUAUUUGUGCAAUCCAGUUACAAAACAAUUGAAAAUACUUCCAAAACCUACUGCUUUUCAUGGAUCUGAGCCAGCAGUUGUGCUGAUAUUUGAACUGUCACUGCUCGACUCUGUACCUGAGUACAAACUCAUUUGUGCCUUCGAAUCUUCCGAGUUUGAUGGUGCAACUGAAUUUGAAAUAUACUCCUCCAGAAAUAACUCAUGGAAUUUUCCUGGGGAGUUUUGUUAUGGAGCUAAAAUAGCUGAUCUGGGGUCUGGAGUUCAUAUCAAUGGUGUUGUUUACUGGCCUGUGGGGAAUAGUCGCAUUCUUUGUUUUGAUCUAACAAAGGAUAGGUCACAAUUCCUGGACAACAAUCCUGAUGAGCCCGACGCUGAGGCUGACUGCUUACUGGGAACAUUUGAUGGAAAGCUUUGUAAGGUUGAUAUCAAAUUGCCUGGCUAUCAAGUGUUUGUGAGUGUCUUGGUUAAUGUCCACGCAAAUACAAUGGCUUCGGAUGACAUGUGGGAAACUAGACUGGUGCUUGAUCCUGAUCACACUGAUAUGCCUUUGGAUCAAUUGGAUGACCCCAAACUUGUUGCUGUAAGCAGAGACAUUCUGGUGUUUGAGAGUGAGAACAGAUUUUACUCCUAUGAUUUUGAACACCAGGAAACUAAAAUACUACUGAGCCCUCCUCUGCCAGCUGAAUCGUAUUAUGUGAGAUGGGUGCUCUAUGUGAAUAGUCUUGUUUCAUUCUGAGCUUACCCUUGUUCACCUCUUGUACUUUCAUAAACUCUCAAGCUCCUAGUCUGAAUAAUGUGUGAUGUUUUUCUAUCAAUUGGGGAUGAUUUUUUUUUCUUUUUAUAUUUGAAUUGUGGAAAGAGUUUCCUUUGUGACAUCUUUAAUUCAGGGGUAUUUUUAACUGAUGGGAAGUUUAUAUUGCUUAGUCUUUGGAUGACCUGAAGUAUUUGUUGAACUUUGAAAUCUUUUUAAUGCUUGUAAUGAAGGCAUGAACUUGUGGGUUUUUAUACCAAGUUAUUAUGGGAACUAUUGAAGUUUGUCUA